AACAAAAGAAAAGAAAAAUCAGAAACGCUACAAAAACGAAAGGAAGCAAACAAAUUAAAAAAAAGGCCUCGUCUCGUCUCGUCUCGUCUCGACUUUCUCUGUUUCGUUGAAACCACAAGCAGAGGAGGAAAAUCUUACACGCUAACUUGCUCCGUUUCCCCGAAACGAGUUGAAAUCCAGGAAAAAGAAAAAAGGAAGCAGAAGGAAACUCCGAGCUUGAGCUAAUGUUUCCGGUUAGAUUUUCUAUAGGUUUUCUGAAUCUUUAUUCGGUCCAGAUAUCUAUGCGACAGGAACAGAUUGCUCUGUAUCUCUAGGGUUUUGCUUUUUGGUUGGGGAGAUUCCGAAGCCGAAGGAGGACACAGAAAGGGAGAGGAAGAGAGCGGCUAUGCAAACGGAAGCGCGGGUUGGGGUCGUCGUCGAGGGAGGGCAGCGAGCUCUAAAUUCUGGCCAUGGCGCCUCGAGAGACGGCGGUGCUCGGAAGUUCGCGCAUCAGCAGAAUCAGCAUCAGCAUCAGCAAUCCUUGCACCAGCAAUCGCAGAUAGGAACGGUUUCUCAGCUUCUUGCUGGAGGCAUUGCUGGCGCCGUCAGUAAAACUUGCACGGCCCCACUUGCUCGACUUACCAUCCUAUUUCAGGUGCAAGGUAUGCACUCUGAUGUUGCAACAUUGAGCAAGGCUAGCAUAUGGCGUGAAGCUUCACGUAUCAUCUAUGAAGAAGGUUUUAGAGCAUUCUGGAAAGGGAACCUGGUUACAAUUGCUCACCGUCUUCCAUACUCAUCUGUCAGCUUCUAUGCUUAUGAGCGCUACAAGAAUUUACUACAGUCAAUUCCAGGACUAGAACAUCAUAGAGAAAACUUGAGUGCAGACCUUUGUGUGCGAUUAGUAGGUGGUGGUUUGGCAGGGAUAACAGCUGCAUCUAUUACAUAUCCUUUGGAUCUUGUUAGAACACGUCUUGCAGCUCAGACAAAUAUAAUUUACUACAGAGGCAUCUGGCAUGCACUUCGUACUAUUAGCCAGGAGGAGGGUGUUUUUGGCUUGUAUAAAGGUCUUGGAGCUACAUUGUUGGGAGUGGGACCCAGCAUAGCAAUCAGUUUUUCAGUCUAUGAGACAUUGAGAUAUUCUUGGCAGUCACAGAGGCCCCAAGAUUCUGCUAUUCUUGUCAGCCUUGCUUGUGGCAGUCUUUCAGGCAUUGCAUCAUCAACAGCAACAUUCCCUUUGGAUCUUGUGAGGCGGCGGAUGCAGUUGGAAGGUGCAGCUGGUCGAGCCCGUGUCUAUAAGACUGGCCUGUUUGGGACAUUCAGGCACAUUAUCCGGACAGAAGGCCUAAGAGGCCUUUACAGGGGGAUUCUGCCAGAGUACUACAAGGUUGUGCCAAGUGUGGGUAUUGUCUUCAUGACAUACGAGACUAUGAAGAUGCUUUUGUCAGACACUCCCUCCAAUGAAUAGGUGUUAUGUCUUCUGGGGCCUCCUUUUCAGCAUGAUCUUUGGCCACUAUGCCUCGAAUGCUCUUCACCAUACAGUGGAAACGUCCGACUUUGUUAAAGAUAGGUAGGUAGACGAAGAGUUUUUUUGGCGUUCUUUGAGGAAUCCCAUGGUGGUAAAUUUUGUGAUUGCUGCCAUGAAACCAUAAUUUCUUGUGUAUAGAUAAAUAGGGAAAACAAUUGAAUCACAUCAAGUGUAUCCAGCAUAUUUAGUUGUUGACACUACUUGGAAACAUCAGUAUUCAUUGAUGACCAUUUUCAUCACAACAUUUUUUGGCCCAAUUUGUGUUUUCCAAUUCCUGGGGAAAGUCUUUUUGCUUCUUAUUCCUGAAAGUGGAGCUCACAGUACUGAGAUUUAUAAUAAAGAUUGAUGUGGUGAGGAUAUGUUGGCAGAACUGUCUUCUUUUUUCUCUGCUUUGUAUCAUGUCAUAAGGAAAAUUUGAGGAUUAAGAAGAGCAAGUUUUGUAGGUAA